AUGCGAUUCCAGCUCUUCGCCCUCCUGGCGAUGGUGCCCUUGGCCAUCGCGCAGGGCGUAACCGACAAGGUCGCGCCCGAGGGUGAUGCCCCCGCGGGUUGCCAGCCCAACGCGGACGGGCGGUUCGAGAUCACCGUCGUCCCGCUCGCCGGGAAGGCCAAGAGGGACUCACUUUUUGCGAACCGCGCUACCUGCUCUGGUGGUGGCACGGUGGUGGUCCAGCUCGCCGACGGCGUGCUGACCGACGACCAAGGGCGCACCGGCUACAUCGCGUCCAACUUCCAGUUCCAGUUCGACGAUCCACCCCAGUCCGGGGCCCUGUACACGGGGGGCUUCUCUGUGUGCACCAACGGCUCGCUUGCCCUGGGCUCCUCGGCCACUUUUUGGCAGUGCGCAUCGGGCACCUUCUACAACCUGUACGACCGCUGGUCGGCGGCCCAGUGCUCGCCGGUCGAUAUUCUCGUCCUUCCCUGCGGCAGCGGCGGCGAGAACGGCAAUGGCCAGGACGCCACCCAGACGGUGGUCGGCACCCGGAUCAUCACAACGACACUGGUCGUCCCACUGGGCGACGGCCAGCCGCAGGUCAUCACCACGACGACGCUCGCCAACUCCAAGCACACACCACGCCCUGCGCGCCAACCAACCGCCCCCCCGUCUCCCAAAUCUCCGACGGCCAAGUGCAAGUGA